AUGGAUUUGAUUGGUCUUGGUACGCGUGUUGAUAUUGAAUUUUUUCUUGAUCCUCAUUGUCAACGUAAACAAAUUGAAGUGAAAACAGACGAUGGAAAAAAGCAAAUGCAAUAUGUUUAUUAUGAUGGAGAAGAUGUUGCGGGAACAGUUUUAUUGAAAUUGAAAAAAAGUGGCAAAGUUGAGCAUCAAGGAGUACGUUUAGAAUUUAUUGGACAUAUUGAAAUGCUCAAUGAUCGUAGUACAAUACAUGAAUUUAUUAAUUUAUCAAAACUGUUAGCAUUCCCUGGUGAAUUAACAGAGAGCACAUCAAUAGAUUUUCAUUUUCCGAAUGUUGAAAAACCAUUCGAAUCAUAUACUGGAAUCAAUGUUAAAUUAAGAUAUUUUCUUCGUUUAACAAUCAUCAAACGCUUUACAAAUACUGUAUCCGAACGUGACAUAUGUGUUCAUCAACUAUCCCAAUUUCCUGAAAUCAAUAACAGUAUUAAAAUGGAAGUGGGAAUCGAAGAUUGUUUACAUAUUGAGUUUGAAUAUAAUAAAUCUAAGUAUCAUUUAAAAGAUGUUAUUGUCGGUAAAAUAUAUUUUUUAUUAGUUCGUAUUAAAAUCAAACAUAUGGAAAUUGCAAUAUUAAAAAAAGAAAGUACCGGUUCUGGCCCAAAUGCGUAUGCUGAAAAUGAAACAAUAGCAAAAUAUGAAAUUAUGGAUGGAGCACCAGUUAGAGGCGAAAGUAUUCCAAUAAGAUUAUUUCUUGGUGGCUAUGAUUUAACUCCAACAAUGAAAGAUAUUCAACGAAAAUUUUCUGUGAAAUAUUUUCUCAAUUUAGUGUUGGUCGAUGAAGAAGAACGAAGAUAUUUUAAACAACAAGAAAUUGUUCUUUGGCGAAAACCAGAUAAAUCAAAACCAAAAAAUCCUGCUAAACAAUAUGCCCAUUUUGAACCUACUAGUCAUACAUCAAUAACCAGUCCAUCGAAAAUGGAAGAUUCAAUUACACAAGAUCAAAAUAGUGGAAGUGGUGGUGAUGGCAAUGGAAUUGAAAAUUCAUCACCGGGAAAUAAUAGUGCAACUGAUUCACCAAGUGAAUAA